AUGCCUCCUAAAAAAGGAGCCGCUAAGGGGGGAAAGAAGGGGAAAGGGGGUAAAAAAUCCGGCUCCUCUAAGGGACCAACAAUAAUAGAUGGAGUUCCUGCAAGUGAAAUGACACGAGAGCACAUAGAGGGACACGUUCGGAGACUUCAGGAGGAACUGCAGAAGGAGAGAAACGAGAGAAACUUCUACCAGAUGGAGAGGGACAGGAUCGACACCUUCUGGGAGGUCACCAGGAAGGAGUUGGAUGAGACGAGGGCGGAGGUUCGAGUGAAGGACCGUGAGCUGGAGGAGAGCGAAGAGAGGCACAUGAUGGAGGUCAAGGUGUUCAAGCAGAAGGUCAAGCAUCUACUCUACGAGCAGGAGAACAACAUUGCGGAGAUCAAGGCAGAGAAUAUGGUCUCACUCAAGGUUGCUCGGGAAGAGCAUCGAGAACAGGAGCAGCUUCAUCUAAGAGAUAAAGAGCAGUUAAAAGAGCAGCUUCACAACAAAGAUAAACAGUAUUUACAACACAUUAGAGAUAUAAAACUGAGGCAGACGGAGCAGAUAGAAGAACUUAGGACUAAGUUUGAAGAUCAAUCCAGAGAAAUGGAAACCAGAUACCAGGAUAGAUACAACCAGCUCAGGUCUGAGUUAGGACUGAGAGCAAAGACUGAAGUAAGCCAUGUGGCAGAGCAGAAGAAUGAUCAGAUUGAACACGUAAAGAAGAGCCACGAGAAAGCUUUUAAUGAAAUCAAGAACUAUUAUAACGAUAUAACGUUGAACAACUUGGCAAUGAUUGCAACCCUGAAAGAGGAAAUUAAAGAAAAAGAACAAAAAAUAGAAAGGAGUGAGAAACAAGUUUCUAUGGUUCAAGCAGAAAAUAAAAAGCUCUCUGAACCAUUGAAGAAAGCAAAGGAAGAAUUACAGAGACUUAAAGGUAUACUGGGUAACCAGGAGAAGGAUAAGAACGCACUUAUUGCUUGUAAAGCCAAACUGAAAGUCCUAACGAGGGAGGUUGAAGCCUCUAAAUGGGAACAGGAUGUACUUUUGCAAAAAUACUGUGAAGUGUCGAGAGAACGAGAUGAAUUACAGGAGAGAUUUAGUACAGCUAUACUAGAGAUACAGCAGAAAUCUGGUCUGAAGUACAUGCUACUGGAGAAGAAAAUAAUAGCUCUCAGAGAAGAGUUGGAGGAAAAAGAUGCGCUUCUUGGAGCUAACCGAGGAGGAGGAGGAGGAGAAGGGGACGGAGGACAAGGUUGGAUGAUGAAUGAGAGGUUGGAUAUCCUCCGAGAAAAGAAUAAAAGAAUUAAAGAGCUUGAAACAGAACUAGUUCUAGCGGCCAGAAGAGAAGAACUAGAGAAUGGUUCAACAGGGUCAGAGACAAGUAGUUCAAGAUCAACGUAUUCAUGAUCAUCAUUCACAUAAAGGAGAAGAAUGAGGAGAAGGAGGAGAGGGAGGAGAGGGAGGAAAAGGAGGAGAAGGAGAAAAAGGAGACGUAGGA